GUCAGCCUUCCUGUGGGGGAUACACGGCUAACUGACAGCCGGUUGCUAAGCGCGUAGCCAAUAGCUACGAGGUUGUAACUGUCGUACUCUCACUUUCGCGUAACAUCGGAGGAUUUAUAUCCGACCGAAGCUCGGUGUUUACUGCGGAGCAGCACUGCCUGUGUCACACUAGCUAACAUACGCGGAAGAGGGAGUCCUCCCUGAAUGAGCGGCUCGCAGUGCUACUAGCUAGCGAAAAGACGACGACGAGGAGGAGGAGGAGGAGGAGAGGAGGAGGAGGGACAGACACAAACUUGGAAGACCUCGCCCAGUCGCUCCUUCAUUCCAGCAGGCAGCUACUCUCUCGGCGGUGUGAGAGACCCGCGCCACUAAAACCAGAUAAUUACUCACGGGGAGACUGGCACACGUGUGUCAACUGCCGUUAAGAUAGAUAAAUAAAUAAUUAAGUAGCAGCCAUGUUCAGGAAAAACUUGAAGAAGGACCCGGAGCUGUUUCAGAACGUGUCCGAGGGUCUGCGGCGGCUUUACCGGACCAAGCUGUUCCCUCUGGAGGACACGUAUCGAUUCCACGACUUCCACUCCCCGGCCCUCGAAGAUGCCGAUUUCGACAACAAGCCCAUGGUCCUCCUGGUGGGUCAGUACUCCACCGGGAAGACCACCUUCAUCCGGCACCUAAUGGAGCAGGACUUCCCCGGUAUGCGGAUUGGCCCCGAGCCGACCACAGACUCUUUCAUCGCGGUGAUGCACGGGGAACAGGACGGGGUGAUACCGGGUAACGCGCUGGUUGUCGACCCCAAGAAGCCCUUCCGCAAACUCAACGCUUUUGGCAACGCGUUUCUGAACAGGUUCAUGUGCGCCCAGAUGCCGAAUCCCGUCCUGGAGAGCAUCAGCAUCAUCGAUACUCCCGGAAUCCUGUCGGGGGAGAAGCAGAGAAUAAGCAGAGGGUACGACUUCGCUGCUGUGCUCGAGUGGUUUGCUGAACGCGUGGACCGCAUCAUCCUCCUGUUCGACGCCCACAAGCUGGACAUCUCUGACGAGUUCUCCGAGGUGAUCCGCGCUCUCAAGAACCACGAGGACAAAAUGCGCGUGGUUCUGAACAAGGCCGACCAGAUCAGCACUCAGCAGCUGAUGAGGGUCUACGGAGCGCUGAUGUGGUCUUUGGGGAAAAUCAUCAACACACCCGAGGUGGUGCGCGUGUACAUCGGCUCAUUCUGGGCACAGCCCCUCUUGGUGCCAGACAACAGGAAGUUGUUUGAAGCAGAGGAGCAGGACCUGUUCGUGGACAUCCAGUCACUGCCACGUAACGCAGCUCUACGCAAACUCAACGACCUCAUCAAACGAGCGCGCCUCGCCAAGGUGCAAGCUUACAUUAUCAGCUCUCUGAAAAAGGAGAUGCCCAGUGUCUUUGGAAAGGACUCCAAGAAGAAGGAGCUGAUUGCCAACUUGGGAGAGAUCUACACCAAAAUAGAGAAGGAGCACCAGAUCUCUCCUGGAGACUUCCCCAACCUUGCCAAGAUGCAGGAGCUGCUGAAUGGCCAGGACUUCACAAAGUUUGUCGCGCUGAAGCCCAAACUGCUGGAGGCAGUGGAGGACAUGCUCGCCAACGACAUCGCCCGUCUCAUGGCCAUGGUACGUCAGGAGGAGGCCGCCAUGCCCAGCCAGGUCGUCAAGGGCGGAGCCUUCGAGGGCACCAUGACCGGUCCCUUCGGCCACGGGUACGGCGAGGGCGCCAGCGAGGGCAUCGACGAGCUGGAGUGGGUGGUGGGCCGCGACAAGCCCACGUACGACGAGAUCUUCUACACCCUCUCUCCCAUCAACGGCAAAGUGUCGGGCGCCGCGGCCAAGAAGGAGAUGCUGAAGUCCAAGCUGCCCAACACGGUCCUGGGAAAGAUCUGGAAACUGGCCGACGUGGAUAAAGACGGCCUCCUCGACGACGAGGAGUUCGCCCUGGCCAACCACUUGAUCAAGGUGAAGCUGGAGGGCCACGAGCUGCCGCCCACGCUGCCCGAGCACCUGGUGCCCCCGUCCAAGCGCGGAAUGGUGGAGGCUUAGAUGUCCAGAAAAGACCGGGGGCAGCCUGGCAACGAGUAACGUCAUCGCUCUGCAUCAUCCUCCAUCAAGCUGUGAGUCUCCAGACUUCUCAACACACCAGGGGGACAUAUUGCUGUGAUCUUUUCCACCAGAGAGAGACUGGAGGGUUUCGUUGGGAGGGAGGGAGGGAGGGAGGGAGGGGGGGUCCAUCUUAGUGCAUUAGGGCAUCUAUGUGAAAUAAAUUGGGGAGGAGGGCCGUGAAAGGACAUUACUGCAUCAUGAACUGAUGAGUACCUGGAUUUCUGCAUCCGUGUAAAAGAUGUCUUAAAGUUCACAGUCAAUAUUAUUUUAUGUUGAUCCAAAGAAAUAUAGUUUUUUUUUCCAUUUGGACAGAGAAAAAGGAAAUCAAAACAGCUGUUAGAAUUACUUUAUCUAUAUUUUUGUAUUUCCUGACUGUUAACUUUGACUCUUUCCAAAUGCUUCCCCUUUUUAUUAUUUUACCAGAGAAUAAAUAAAAAGGAAUACUCUAACAUCCAAAA